AUGCUUGCGAGUAAGGUCGCGACGGAGGCGGGGGAACGCCACGAGGGGCUCAAGGGGCGCAUGUCUGAAGCCGAUGCUGCCGUGGCUGAAGCAGAAAGGUUGCUCAACGAAGCAAAGCAGCAGCGAGCGGAAGUUGCGCGAGAGCUCGACGAGGCAGGGGGAGAGUUGGAAUCGGCUAAGAAACAGGAGGAGGAGUUAGCUCGCCGUCGUCAAACAGCACAGUCGGAAGAAGUCCGUCUGCAGCGAAUACGAGAGCAGUCACAGUUGGACGAGCAGAAGAUGACCGAAGAAACUCAGGCAGAAGAAGAGGAGACUUCUAGGCGCGCCGAGCUGGCUGAGUCGAUCUGGAAGAUGAAGGAGCUGCACGCUCAGGAAGAGAACGAUCAACAGCCUCGAGACAGCGACAGCACAGGGGAUGGGAGAGGGCGUUCAAAUUCAGAUAAGGACCAGGGGAUUGGGGAGGAAGAGAAGCGACAGCGGGCGUACGAAGCUGCCUCCGCUAAGGAGCGAGCGAGAUGCAAGCAAAGGGACCAGUUAUCGCGAACUUGUCAAGUCAGUUGGGGUCCCAAGCACGCCAUCAACAAGUUUAAGGUAGUGAGCUUUGAGUUUGACGAGAUCAAGUUUGGCGAUGUCCAGCCACUCACGUUCGAGAGCGUCCCAUGGCCCGACCUCCGCCACCCCGACGAGCUCAAGUUCGAGCACAUUGACUGGUCUUCGGUAGAGACAUUCUUUUCCGAGCUGCGUGCGUCGGUGGGAGCUAGCGAAUAUAAAGAGCUUGUGGUAAAGGCGCAUCGAAGAUUCCAUCCGGACAAGUGGCGCGCACGGGCACUGUUUAGCACGGUGCUGGAUGACGAUCUCCGAGACAAGCUGGAGGCCGCAGUGUUGGUGGUGUCGCAAUCGUUAACGCCGCUCUGGAGAGAAUGUAAAUAA